AUGGUGUCCGUCAGGAAGCGGCUUCUCGACGACAGAGGCCCGGCUGCCGCUGCCGACGCGCCCCGGCCAUCUCCGGAACUGCGUCGCCUCCGAAACAUGUGGCAGUUUGCCUGUCUCUGCCAGUGGCUCUACAUCUUCGGCCCGGUCAUCAAGCUGGACGCCCCGGAUAUCGAUGAGCUGGAAGCUCAGUGUCUGAGCCCGCAUUCGACUACUCUGCAGGAGAUCGGGCUGGCAAUGCUCAAAUAUCUGUCUUCGCAUCGCGGUCUCACAGCCGACCUGUUUGACGAGUACACGCGGCGACAAUACGUGGCCAAGGCGCCCGAACUGCCAAACCCCUUCGGGACCGAUGAAAUCCCGGACAAGUUCUCUGGGUUUGAUGCCUUCAAAAAGGUUCGCGUCCUGCACCAGAUGACACAGUUUAUCAUGAUGAAUUCCGAAAAGCUGCGAGAGAAGAUGGCGGAGCAGAAAGACGUCGUCGACCAGGACCAGACAUCAUGGCGCAUUGAGCCAUUCGGAUGGGACAGCAACGAUGACACAUACUUUGUUCUCGACGACAACCGGGUGUACCGCUUAAAAGAGCUGCCGCCCGCGCCACCGAGGCCCAAGAAGAACACCAAGAAGGCCAGGGCUCAGGCAAGGCGAGCCAGCAAGAGACGGCGUGUUUCUACGGCCACGUCCAGCAAUGACAUGGAAGAUGAGGCGGAGGACACCGUCGUAGAGGCCGAGGCAGAGCCAGAGCUAAAAGAGAACGAUGAAGCGGGCGACGACGGGCUUGGAGGCAUGAAGUGGGAGUGCGUCGCCGUGUCUCUGGACGAAAUACGGCAGCUACUCGGCACGAUCCCUGGCAGAAAGGACGCGAACGAAAAGAUCUUACAUAGUAAAAUUGUCGACCACCUGUUGCCCAUCAUCGAGCAGCAAGAGGAAAAGCGCAGGAAGCGCGAUAAGGAGCGCGAAAAGGAGCUGCUCAACAUGGCGAAGCUGGCCCAGGCGAAGAGAUCGAGCCGUAUCGCCGGCCGACAAGAGCAGAUCAAGCAGGAGGAGCUGCAGCGCGAGGAAGAGACCAAGCGGCGCCACGACGAAGAGGUGCGGCGGAAGGAGGAGCAGAAGCUGCGCAAGCUGGAGAGAGACCGGGAUAAUAGGCUUAUGUCGAGGGAGAACCGGCUGCGAGAGCGGGAGCUGCGCCGGCUGCAGCACCAGGAAGAGCUGUCGCAGCUUUCGGAGGACAGCAAGAGCGUCAGCAGUGCAGGCGGACCUGGGCGCAUCUCUGAGCGGCAGCGCGCAGCCGAGAUUGAGAAGACCCGAGAGGCACUGCGCGAGCUCGAGCAGGAGGAAGACGAGGAGUGGGUGUUCGACUGCGUCUGCGGCCUGCACGGCAAGGUGGACGACGGCCAGCACAGCGUGUCGUGCGAGCGGUGCAACAUCUGGCAGCACAGCCGGUGUCUGGGCAUCAACGAGGAGGAGGCAGAGAAAGACGACUUCCACUUUGUCUGCUCAUCCUGUCGCCGGCGGUCACGUGAGGCCGAGACGGGAGUGCGGUCGCCCAUUGUCAAGAUCAAGGUCAACAGGCCGGCAGUGGCGAGCAACAGCGCCAACGGAACGGCUGUCCCGCAGCCGGUUGUCCGCUCAGCGCUGGAGCCUCCGAGAGAAGGCGUCAACUCGGGCAUUCCGGUCAAGAUCGACGCGGCACCACAGGCGCUGACCUCAGCCAGCAGCAACAUUGGAGCCGAUCCGGUCCUGAAGCCGGCAGAGACGUCCAACGGGAUCCACAACCCCUUCUCGUCGCCGCAUCCCGAGCUGUCCCCACCAGGGCUGUCGCCUCGCAAGUCCCAUGCAUACGACACGAUUUACGAGCAGGCCAGCCCUACGCCGGUUGGGCUGAUGCGCAAGUUUGGCGACCACUCGCUCUCGCCGAACAUUGCCAUCCGUGCGCCGGCUCUUCUUCUGCGUCCGACCAACGAAAAGACGGCCGGAGGACCGCCUGCCUCGCCCACCAAGCCCAGGGCUGAAGGCCCUGCCGGAGAGUCGUCCGGAUCGUCCCAGCCGUCCGCUCAGACCGUACUUUUCCCGCCGCCUACGCCCUCCUCGGCCUCCUCGACCCGGGUCAAGAACGAGCUGUCCGGGCAACAGCAGCAGCAGCAACGGACGCCUUCGGUGGUCAUGACACCACGCCUGCACCAUCCGCAAAGAGACGACCCGGGCAGCGGACAGCGGGCCCGGACGUUGUCACCGCUGCUGCCGUCUCACGGGGGCUUGUCCCCGACAAAGCAGUCGCCCUCGGUUGCGAAUGACUUCAGCGCAAGCUUUCCCAGCUCGAGCCCGACUCCGCCCAUCUUCCCUCCAGCUGCAGCGCUGUCGCCUUCUGCGCCAAAGCAGGACCCCACGCCGCCCAUCAAGUCGGGAAGCUUUGGGUACCGACAGGUGUCAGGCGGGCCGCCCUCUGACAGGAAAUCAUCGCCUGCUGCGAGAGAAUAA